CUUCAGAGUGUCUCUUCCCUCCGCCGCGAGGGUUAGCUGCCGGCUUUACGAAUCUAAAAGCAUUUUAUCGUCGGAGAUAAACUUGGUUUCCAAAAUUCUUGUUUUUGGAGGAUUCAGAGAGUGAGGAAAUGGCUUCUGCUCUCUCUGCUUUCAAGACUUGCUCAUCUCUUCGGAGCUUCUCUACGCUUCACAACCGAAUCUUCAUCCGCGGACGGUAUAUGCCACCGCCGUCCAAUCUACUUCUCCCGUACUCGGCUCUCGCUGGCUCUUCCGUAGCUUUCUCUCGCCGGAGGAAUCAGAACUCUACCGUCUCAUCCACUCCUAGGAAAAAUAAGAAAAAAAGUCUGCCUGCUGAAAAUGAUGACGAGGAGGAGGGAGAUGACAUAGAUGAAGAUGCAUUCGAUGCCCUUUUUGACAUGCUGGAAGGAGACCUGAAGAACAGCGAUUCAUCUGUAGGUGAUGAGGAUGACUACGAUGAUAUGAGCGAAGAAGAUAUUAUGAAGCUUCAGUCUGAGCUAGAAAAGGCACUUGGUGCUGAUGGUGGUGAGGAUGAAGCUUAUGACAUGGAAACUGAUGAGACUUUCCCUCGCGAAGAAGAAGUGGGUAAGGUGGGAAGGCCAUCGAAGCUUAGGAAUUGGCAAAUCCGAAGAUUGGCCUCUGCUUUAAAGAAAGGCCGUCGCAAAAUUAGUAUUAAGAAUUUGGCAGGUGAUCUUUGCCUUGAGAGGUCUGUUGUUCUCGACUUGCUUCGUGAUCCUCCUCCAAGUCUUGUGAUGUUGAGUGCUGCUUUACCCGACGAACCUGAACCAAGUCUGCCGGUACAAGCAACUACACCAGUAGAAUCUGUAACUGAGGAAAUGAAUGUCGAGGAAGAUGGCGUGAAAGACGAGAGCAAGGUGAAUUUGCCAGUUCAUGUCAUGUAUCACAAAUGGAAUGCACAGAAGAGGCUGAAGAAAGUUCAUGUUCAAACCCUCGAGAGAGUGUACAGAAGAACCAAGAGACCUACUAAUACCAUGGUCAGCAGCAUUGUGCAUGUGACCAACUUGCCUCGCAAAAGAGUGGUGAAAUGGUUUGAAGAUAAACGCACAGAAGAAGGUGUCCCUGAACAGCGUCAGCCAUAUAGAAGAUCCAUUCAUGAAACUGUCUCUUCCAGUUGAAUCAUUGUGUACAUCUAUCGUUGGCUACCUGAUUAAAUAUCUCUAAUGGAUAGACUAUCUUCUGUAAUCGUGAGAUAAGUCCUCUUUUGUCCUAAUAGCCCAUGGGAACCCAUCUCAUUCGUGUAAUUUUGAUAUUGUAAGUUCAUCAUAUUCAUAAUAUCCAUAACCGUGUUACGAUCAACC